CACGUUGCUCGGCUCUGCGCAACGUGGGUGUGAGUGUGUGUGCGUGUGUGUGUGUGUGUUUACAGAACAUCCAGACCGCGGUUGGAAGGACAUAUCCUCAGGAACCUCUUUUUUUGGAUCCUAUGGGGAUUCUUAUAACCGCAGUUUGUGUGUUGGCAGCCGCGGGCGUGGGAUGUCGGCCAGUAGUCUCGCCUCUUAAUGAUGCAAAGGUGGAAUGUAUUGUUCAGGAGACGCUGAAUGGAGGUGGGGCGCCACGUGGCUGUGCCCCACUGCUAGCAGCCGAACUUGAUGAAGUGCAGAGACACCAGGGACUCCUCCGGGAGCUGCAGAGGCUUGCUGAUGACGAGAAGGACGAAGCGAGGGAGAGGUAUGAGUACAAUCUGGCUGAUGAGGAGAGCGACCUGCAGCUCAAGGAUGGAGAGAGAGACAAAACGACCGAGGAAGACGAGCCCAAGAAGAGGGAGAUGGAGGAGCCGAGGGUUGAUGAUACGGGGAUUCAUGAUGAAGAAGAACGAGCAAAGGAACUCGAGGAGCUUCUAGCUGAAGAAAUCAGCAAGAAGGAGAAGGAGGAGAGAAAUGAUGAGGAGCUGAAAGAGCUGCUGAGAGAGUUGAAGAAGAAGCGUUACGAGAUGAAGGAAAGAGGGAGCCAGAAAGGUUCUGGAAGUGGUCCGAAGGAGGAAGAAACCAAGGAAAAAAUGGCGAGAGACAAAGAGGAAGUUCAGAAGCAGAUGGACCAGAGGAGGAACGAGGUGGAGCUGAGCGUGGAAAAAGAGAAGGUAGAGAAAGAACUGAAGGAGCUGAAGACUAAGAACAAGCCAGAAGAGGAGAAGGAGAGGAAGGAGAAGCAGGAGGAGCUGGACGAGCUGCUCAGGAAGAUGGAGCAAGUGCAGGAGGAAGCGCAGGCGGAGAAGAGUGAGGAUGAUGGCGUGCAGCGGCAGGAGGAAGGGGCGGAGGAGCCUCGAGAGGCGGGCGAGAAGGAAGUGAAAAGCAAAGAGGAGGAGGGAGCGGUGGGGGUGAAGGAGCCGCCGCAGAAGAGAGUGAUGGAGAAAGCCAGCGAUGAAGCCACUCGGCAGUUUGAGCGGGAGAGACUAAAGGAGGAGGAGGAGGAGGAGAAUGAAGACGACGAGGACGAGUAUGUCAGAGAAGAUGACGACGGGAGGGUGGACGGUGAUGAUGAUGAUGAUGAUGAUGAAGGUGACUUGGACGACGAUCAAGGGGAGGAGCUGCUGGAGAUUGAAGCCCAGUUACGCGAAGUUGCUGCAGAGCUGAGGGAGCUGCGCAGAGGAUAAACACACACAUUCACAUCCGUAAACUGACAAAAUGCAUUGUGGCAUUUUUGUUAAAGCAUUCAGAUUAGGGCUGGGCGAUAUGGCCUUUUUUUUUAAUAUCGCAAUAUUUUUAGGCCAUAUAACGAUAUACGAUAUAUAUCUCGGCAUUUUGCCUUAGCCUUGAAUGAAUACUUGAUGCGUAUAAUCACAGCAGUAUGAUGAUUCUAUGUGUCUACAUUGAAACAUUCUUGUUCAUACUGCAUUAAUAUAUGCUCAUUUUAAACUUCCAUGCAGAGAAGGAAAUCACAAUUAAGUCAAUUUACCAAAACGUAUUUAUUAAAGUUAUUAGCAGGUGACUUUUCAAACGAUGCUACAUAUUAGCAGUAAUGCUACUUAUGGUAGCGACGUUUGUGCCCCACACUUGACAAAUUAAAAUGGUCUAUUCGACAUAUUCCCGCUUGAAGCCGAACCACCGCCAGACGAUGGACCCCCUGCUGUUUUUCUUGCGAAUUAAUUCUUCCUUUCUUUGUUACCAGAUUUGCACCUUCUUUCUCUCAUAUUACCACUCGCACAGCUUCGCUAGCAUCACAGCUAAUGUUACCCAUGCUGCUACCUCUCCGCUGGGCGAGGGCGUAUACGUAUGUGACGUAUGACGUGACAGUAUGUGACGUAUGUAAGAAGGUGCACUUAAACUCUGUGAGAAGGAGACACAAGAAGGAGUGGGAAGAGCCUGUAGAGCAGGGGUCACCAACGCGCUGCCCGCGGGCACCAGGUAGCCCGUAAGGACCAGAUGAGUAGCCCGCUGGCCUGUUCUAAAAAUAGCUCAAAUAGCAGCACUUACCAGUGAGCUGCCUCUAUUUUUUUAAAUUGUAUUUAUUUACUAGCAAGCUGGUCUGGCUUUGUUCGACACUUUUAAUUCUAAGAGAGACAAAACUCAAAUAGAAUUUGAAAAUCCAAGAAAAUAUUUUAAAGACUUGGUCUUCACUUGUUUAAAUAAAUUCAUUUAUUUUAUUAAUUUGCUUCUUAUAACUUUCAGAAAGACAAUUUUAGAGAAAAAAUACAACCUUAAAAAUGAUUUUAGGAUUUUUAAACACAUAUACCUUUUUACCUUUUAAAUUCCUUCCUCUUCUUUCCUGACAAUUUAAAUCAAUGUUCAAGUAUUUUUUUGUUGUUGUAAAGAAUAAUAAAUACAUUUUAAUUUCAUUCUUCAUUUUAGCCUCUGUUUUUUUUCGAUGAAGAAUAUUUGUGAAAUAUUUCUUCAAACGUAUUAUGAUUAAAAUAAAAAAAAAUAAUUCUGGCAAAUCUAGAAAAUCUGUAGAAUCAAAUUUAAAUCUUAUUUCAAAGUCUUUUGAAUUUCUUUUACAUUUUUUGUUCUGGAAAAUCUAGAAGAAAUAAUGAUUUGUCUUUGUUAGAAAUAUAGCUUGGUCCAAUUUGUUAUAUAUUCUAACAAAGUGCAGAUUGGAUUUUAACCUAUUUAAAACAUGUCAUCAAAAUUCUAAAAUUAAUUUUAAUCAGGAAAAAUUACUAAUGAUGUUCCAUAAAUUCUUUUUUCAAUUUUUUCUGAAAGAUUCGAAUUAGCUAGUUUUUCUCUUCAUUUUUUCUGGUUGAAUUUUGAAUUUCAAAGAGUCGAAAUUGAAGAUAAACUAUGUUUCAAAAUUUAAUUAAAAUUUUUUUUUCGUGUUUUCUCCUCUUUUAAAGCGUUAAAUUAAGUGUUUUUUUUAUCAUGUUUUAUUCUCUACAAAAAAACUUCUGUAAAAGGAAAAAAAAAUGUACCACGGAAAUACCCAUUUUUCUAUACAUAUAGAUUUAUUUAUUAAAGGUAAAUUGAGCAAAUUGGCUAUUUCUGGCAAUUUAUUAAGUGUGUAUCAAACUGAUCGCCCUUCGCAUUAAUCAGUACCCAAGAAGUAGCUCUUGGUUUCAAAAAGGUUGGUGACCACUGCUGUAGUGUAAUGCCCGCAGCUAAAAGCAACUGCGUGAGAACGUAUACUCGAAUAUCACGAUAUAGUCAUUUUCUAUAUUGCACAAACCCGCGAUAUAUCGCGUGUAUCGAUAUAUCGCCCAGCCCUAAUUCAGAUCAUUUAUUACUUUUUUCCCCAUUUCAAAUUGCAUUGGAAAAUGUUCACUCUCACAUUUUGAUAUGUGUCGCUUCCUAGCUGUUGAUUUUAUUCGAUGUUUUUUGUGUGGCGCUCUGUAACCUGUACAGUAAUUGUAUGAUUGCCAGGUGAAGUUUACUAACUGCCACAGAAGCAACACAUGCAACACUUUUCAACACACCUGUAAGUCACGUGUCUAAUUCCCUACAAGCAAUCAGUGUCAAUGUCUAUUCUGUGCAAUAAUUGAUAGCUAUGUGUACAAUGUUACGACUGUUAUGUAUAAUUGAUAUUUCUACCAGUAGAUAUGUCAUUUAUUCUUUAGUAAAUGAGGAAUGUGCUACAUUUGGCUCAUGCACUGUUAAAAUCAGACUGUUUUUAGGGACUUUCUACCAAAUCAAUGGCUUUUGCUCGUCAUAACGAUCUUAGAAUAACCUGGAUUUCUGUUUUAGAUAAAGGGACUGUGCUGAGAUUUUAACCCCCCAAGUCAUAGAAAAAUCAUGAAAUUAGUCCCACGUCUGGCAGGGAAUCCCAAUAAUACUACUUCCUGUGAAGCAUGUGAUUUAUGCAUGGGAUAUUCCACAUUGUUUAGCAGGGGUGUGCUAGUGUAACAGGACUGAGUGGAAACCCAGGUACACAACCAAUGUGUCACCUUUCUGUGGCUUUUAAAUGAUUAUAUGGACAAGCGGUAGAAAAUGGAUGGAUGGAUGGAACGUUAAAGGCCUACUGAAAUGAGAUUUUCUUAUUUAAACGGGGAUAGCAGGUCCAUUCUAUGUGUCAUUCUUGAUCAUUUUGCGAUAUUGCCAUAUUUUUGCUGAAAGGAUUUAGUAGACAACAUCCACGAUAAAGUUCGCAACUUUCGGUGCUAUGAGAAAAGCCCUGCCUCUACCGGAAGUCGCAGACGAUGACGUCGCAAGUGUGGGGGCUCCUCACAUAUUUACAUUGAUUUUAAUGGGAGCCUCCAACAAAAAGUGCUAUUCGGACCGAGAAAACGACAAUUUCCCCAUUAAUUUGAGCGAGAAUGAAAGAUUCGUGUUUGAGGAUAUUGAUAGUGACGGACUAGAAAGAAAAAAAAAAACGCGAUUGCAUUGGGACGGAUUCCGAUGUUUUUAGACACAUUUACUAGGAUAAUUCUGGGAAAUCCCUUAUUUUUCUCUUGUGUUGCUAGAGUUUUAGUGAGUUAAAUAUUACCUGAUAGUCGGAAGGGUGUGUCCACGGGUGUCUUGACGCCGCAGUGUCUCAGGGGAGUCGACGGCAGCUAUGGACGGCUCAAGCUCAGCUUUUCUCCGGUAAGAAGCGACUUUUUAACCACAAUUUUCUCACCGAAACCUGCUGGUUGACAUUCCGUCGCGUUUCAUGUUCGCUUGACCGCGCUCUGAUCCAUAGUAAAGUUUCACCUCCAGGAAUUUUAAACAAGGAAUCACCCUUUGUUUGUGUGGCUAAAGGCUAAAGCUUCCCAACUCCAUCUUUCUACUGUGACUUCUCCAAUAUUAAUUGAACAAAAUGCAAAAGAUUCAGCAACACAGUUCUCCAAAAAUACUGUGUAAUUAUGCCGUUAAAGCAGACGACUUUUAGCUGUGUGUGUGCGUAGCGCUCAUACUUCCUAAAAACCCGUGACGUCUUGAGUACACGUCAUCAUUACACGACGUUUUCAAGACGAAACUCCCGGGAAAUUUAAAAUUGCAAUUUAGUAAACUAAAAAGGCCAUAUUUGCAUGUGUUGCAAUGUUAAUAUUUCAUCAUUGAUAUAUAAACUAUCAGACUGCGUGGUGGGUAGUAGUGGGUUUCAGUAGGCCUUUAAAGUUGAUAUUUAGGUAGCGGGGACACAAAACAAAUAGUUUGGAUGAGUCUUUUCAAUUCUAAUGACAAUCAUAUUCACAUGCAGGGCAUGUUGCUUACUAGAAACAAAUAUUUUACAUUUUGUUUUGUAUGGGGGGGCCAAAUGUAAAAAUUCAAUCACACUUUUUUUAGCUGAUAUAUUUUUAAUAUUUAUCUAACUUUUCCCACAUUUAGUGACUCAUCAGGAAUACUGAUGAGUCGCUACCUAGCGGCGCCACUUGUCUCACAUUUACCUUUAAUUCUUUUUAUUUCCAUUUCAAGUAAAAAAUUAAGUAUUAAAUUCAAAUUAAAAAAUUGAAAUAUUAAAUCUAAAUGUUAAAUGUAAAUCUAAAUGUUCAAUUUAAUUUUAAAUAUAAAUGUGAAGUCUAAAUGUACUGUAGGUGUUUAAUCUAAAUGUUAAAUCUGAAUGUUGAAUCUGAGAAUUAAAUCUAAAUCUAAAUGUUAAAGCUAAAUGUCAAAUCGAAAUCGAAAUGUUAAAUAUAAAUGUCUAAUCUAAAUGGCUUGCCGAUGAAAAGCUAAAUAUUAAAACAAUAAUAUAAGUUAAAUAUUUACUUUCACACUUGUUGAGCCAUUUAGAUUUUGAUUCAAUAUUUAGAAUUUACAUUUAUUUUUGACAUUUAUAUCAACGUAUAAAUGUAUAUUAAAACAUUUAUAUCAAACGUUAUUCAAUAUUUUUAUUCAGUUUUAAGAUUUAGAAAUACAAUCCGGAACAUUUCAAAUUUAUAUUCAACAUAUACAUCAACAUUUAAAUUUCGAUUUAACAUUUACAUUUAACAUUUAAUAUUUUCGUUUAAGAUUGUAAUAUUAGUAGAUUAAAGAUUUAAAUUUAAAAUUUGAAUUUGGAUUCAAUAUUUAGAUGUAAUAACUUAAAUUUAGAUUUAACAUUUAUAUCAAACAUUACUCAAUAUUUUGAUUCAGUUUUAAGAUUUCGAAAUACAAUUCGGGAACACUUACAUUUAUAAUCAACAUUUAUAUCAACAUUUACAUUUAGAUUAAACAUUUAUAUCUAACAUUUACUAUUUACAUUUAAGAUUUUAAUAAUAUUAGAUUCAAGAUUUAGAUUUAACGUUUAGAAUUAGAUCCAAGAUUUACAUUUAACAUUUAGAUUUGGAUUCAACAUUUAGAUGUAACAUCUUAAAUUUAGAUUUAACAUUUAUAUCAAACUUUAUUCAAUAAUUAGAUUCAGUUUUAAGAUUAAGAAAUACAAUUCUGGAACGUUUAUAUCAACAUUUAAAUUUAGAUUUAACAUUUAUAUCUAACAUUCUUAAUAUUUACGUUUAAGAUUUUAAUAAUAAUAGAUUCAAUAUUUAGAUUUAACGUUUGGAUUUAGAUUCAACAUUUAGAUGUAACAUCUUCAAUUUAGAUUUAACAUUUACAUCAAACGUUAUUCAAUAUUUAGAUUCAGUUUCAAGAUUUAGAAAUACAAUUCCGAACAUUUAUAUAUGAAUACAAUAAGUAUAAAUUUAUAUAGACAUACAAUUCGGAACAUAUAUAUAUAUAAAUGUUUCAGAAUUGUAUUUCUAAAUUUUGAAACGGAAUCUAAAUAUUGAAUAACGUCUGAUAUAAAUGUAAAAUCAAAAUUUAAGAACUUUCAUCUAAAUGUUGAAUCUAAAUCUAAAUGUAAAUAUUGAUAUAAAUGUUAAAUAUAUUUAACAUUUAAAUGUUGAUAUAAAUGUUAAAUAUGUUUAGCAUUUAUAUCAACAUUUAAAUUUAGAUUUGACAUUUAUAUCUAACAUUUUUUAUAUUUACAUUUAAGAUUUUUAAUAAUAUAGAUUCAAGAUUUAGAUUUAACAUUUAGAUCAUUUAGAUUUAGAUUCAACAUUUAGAUUUAACAUCUUAAAUUUAGAUUUAAAAUUUAUAUCAGACCUUAUUCAAUAUUUAUAUUCAGUUUUAAGAUUUAGAAAUACAAUUCGGAACAUUUAUAUUUAACAUUUAAAAUUAAAUUUGACAUUUAUUUCCAUUUAACAUUACAUUUCGAUUCGACAUUUAUAUCCAACAUUUUCAGUAUUUACAUUUAAGAUUUUAAUAAUAAUAGAUUCAAGAUUUCAAUUCAACAUUUAGAUUUUGAUUCAACAUUUCGAUUUAACAUCUUUAAUUUCGAUUUAACAUUUACAUCAAACGUUAUUCAAUAUUUGGAUUCAGUUUCAAGAUUUAGAAAUACAAUUCGGGACAUUUAUUUAUAAACGUCCCAAAUUGAAUAACGUUUGAUGUAAAUGUUAAAUCGAAAUUUAAGAUGUCACAUCUAAAUGUUGAAUCAAAAUUUAAAUGUUGAUAUAAAUGUUAAAUAUAUUUAACAUUUAAAUGUUGAUAUAAAUGUAAAUAUAUUUAACAUUUAUAUCAACAUUUAAAUUUAGAUUUGAUAUUUAUAUCUAACAUUUUUAUUAUUUACAUUUAAGAUUUUUAAUAAUAUAGAUUCAAGAUUUGGAUUUAACAUUUAGAUCAUUUAGAUUUAGAUCCAAUAUAUAUAGUGUUGGAUCCGCUUUGGACUGGACUCUCGCGACUGUGUUGGAUCCAUUGUGGAUUGAACUUUCACAGUAUCAUGUUAGACCCGCUCGACAUCCAUUGCUUUCCUCCUCUCUAAGGUUCUCAAAGUCAUUAUUGUCACCGACGUCCCACUGGGUCAUUAUUGUCACCGAUGUCCCACUGGCUGUGAGUUUUCCUUGCCCUUAUGUGGGCCUACCGAGGAUGUCGUGGUGGUUUGUGCAGCCCUUUGAGACACUAGUGAUUUAGGGCUAUAUAAGUAAACAUUGAUUGAUUGAUAUAGAUUUAACAUAAAUUUAGAUUUAACAUUUAUAUUAAACGUUAUUCAAUAUUUAGAUUCAGUUUUAAGAUUUUGGAACACAAUUUGGAAGUGAGUUAGAUGUGAGAAAAGUGAGCUGAAUAUAUACAAAAUAUAUUAUUAAGCUAUGCAGUGUUACUGAUUUUUUACAUUCGACACCCACUAAUUUUAUCGGACAGUUGAUUUACCAGGGAUGCAAAUGGCGUUGAUUUGGUGGAAUGGCCCUGAUAGCGUUGAAAAGUGACACAAAACAACACAAAUGGCAUUUGUCAGCCGCUGAGAUGCACUUGUAUGUUGAAGCGAUGUACUUAAAGCUUACCAGGUUUCAAAGUGUCACUUCAGGUUCAGACAGCUUUGCACUCUUAACAAGGCCAAGGAUGAGGCGGGGGAGUAAAGAGACACUCAAGCCAUUUUUUUUCACAACAAACACUAAAUAUUGUGACGUCACCGUUGCAGUUCUUGCUGUUUUGACAUUGUCCCAAUGUGAAUAUCCCAGCGCCAAGGUCACACAAAGUGUGCACCAACGGCGCCCCCAAGAGGACAUUGCUGACAUUGCACACACGAAUAAACAGGGUUACCAACUGAGAUGCACUUAUUUGCAAUAGCACAAUGUAGACCGCAAUAAUAAUUAGUAAGCGGGUACUUCAAUAAGUCAUUUAAGUGCACUGGCUGUGCUAACUUAUCUUUUUUUUCCCUACAAAGCCAGGACACAGUAGUGAUGAUCCAUUCCAAAGAUGAGAUGCUUGUUCAUUUCACAACUAAACUACUAUUAUGUACUUGUUGUUUUGUAUUGAAGUGCAAAGUUGUAUAUUAAAAACCAGCAAGAUAGAAAUGACGCUUAAGAUUAAGGAGAAAAGAUAUUUGUAAUAUUACUGGUCACUAAAAGUGCUGUAUUUUGUGACUGCUGUGUCUUCAAUGCUACCUGUCAAUCAAUAAAAGUAUAUGAAACACGUUUA